AUGUCUAGCAGCGAUAGCGCUCAUGGCUAUGGGCGACAGCCUGCAUACUGCGAAGAUGCCGACCAAAACGAUAACAGCAUCGAAGGUACCAAAGUCGCUGCCUCGGUCGCGCCCGGGAGCCCUGGCAGGGAGAUCUCCAACACCAGGAAGGCACGGAGUAACAGGUCCCAUCCAGAGCCGCCAUCGCCUCUUGCUUCGUCUGACGACAGUUCAGUCGCAUCCAGUAGUGGGAGCGGGAGCGGGAGUUCUGCUGCCGACCAACGGGCCCAUCGAAAGGCCGACGUCAGCAGACGCAAGUCGACCAGGGAUAAUCCCAAAUCACCAACGUCGAAGCGGGUGACUUAUGACGAGGGAUCGUCCAGAUAUUACAGCGCCGCUCCGGAAGGACACGGCUCAAGGUCUCGGAGAUCAAUACAUCAGGAAGACGCCGCUUGGUAUGGCCGAAGCCCAGUUGAUGCCAACCCCUUGAUGAUGCCAGGUGUCUCACGUCCACGUGCUGGUACUGGGGAUAUCCCAUAUCGUCAUUCAAGCUAUCACGUAAACACUACCUCGCGACCACCACUGGCCAACGCGAGGUAUUCCACGCACCAUCCCAUUCCUUCAAACCAGAUGCCAAUGGGACCUCCAAUGGCAGGAUCUUUCCCACCCCCUCCAUAUGGACCACCGGGUCCCCAACAACCAUGGGGAAUGCCACAUCUUGUACAGCACAUGCAUCCGCCGCCGCCGCCGCCAUCGAUGGGAGAAUACUUUCCGCCGCCGGGGCCGACUCGGUCUCUAGAGAGCCGUUUUGAAUCAAUGUCAAUGGGACCCGGUCGGUCUGCUUCCGCGAUGGGUCACCGCCAGGUUCGCUAUGAUGAUGGCCGUUACGACCAGGAGAAUCGUGCUCCUACCGUUUCCAUUCAGCGUCGAUCAUCUGCGAAGACGAAAAAGCGGGAAGAACAGGCCCGACUGGAGGACAGGUUGCGCAUGCCACCACCUCCCCCCAGACCACACUCAACCGCGCCGAGACACAUAUCCACCGGCCCUUUUCGCCCACCUUCGCGAGGGCCGAGCGAGAAUCCAUUUACUCCUCGCACGCCGACAUCUGCCGAGCUGGAGCCCUUCAAUUAUGCCCAAGAGCGCGCCAGGAUGCGACGUCCCAGCGUCAGCAGUCGACCCAUGAGUUACGAUCAUGGGGCUUACCAAACCGAGGUAGCUACCACGAGGCCUGAUCGGAAUCGACGGAACUCUUACUAUGGCGGAGUGCCGCUCGAGAGCAAGAUGGCAGACAAAAUCGCUGCUGCUCAAUCCUACCAAGAUGCCGUCGAAGGCGGUCCCGCGCCCGCGCUGACAGCCGAGGCAUUGCGAAAGGCAGAGCGGCGAUCACGCCCUGCUCCUAGCAGCCGCUCGACACGCAGCUCUGCCAGUCGUGAGGAGAGCGACUUUGUACAGAAGUCAGCCACUACUCGGACUACGCGAUACAGCGACGAAGGCGACGAAGUCAUCGUCAAAGUUCAUGGAACCGCUACGCUCAAGAUGGGCGGCGCCGAGUUGCAGUGCAAUGACGGUGCCGAGCUCAACUUUUCGAGGGGCAAUUCCGGCGCCAUCGGCGAAGGCAGCGAUAGGUCCAGCCAUAUCGAUCCUGCCGACGAUCGCAGGCUUAGCAGGUCUGGCAGGCCGGCGACGUCCUACAGACCCCGUACAUCUUCUCAGGCCGGUUCUUACAGCAGAACUGGUGGUUAUGAUACCUACCUGGAUUAUGAAAGGCAGCCGGCAAUGUACCAACCCCGCAUGCCGCCACUGCCUCCUCCAUCCGACAAUUCUGGAAACCCCUACGCACACUACAAUGCCUAUGAGCACAAUUAUAUCUGA